AUGGCAAUUCCCUUCCCCCAUUUCAUUGAUUCGGAGAAAGCAGCCAUGGAAGCUGGUAUUCUCCUUCCUUCUUUUCCCUCUCUGAUUCUCACCCAAGACGAUUUGAAGAAGAUCGCCGCCUACAAAGCCGUCGAGUACGUUGAAUCCGGCAUGGUCCUCGGCCUUGGAACCGGCUCCACGGCCAAGCACGCCUUCGACCGAAUCGGCGCUCUUCUCCGACAGGGCAAGCUCAAGGACAUCAUAGGAGUACCCACCUCAAAGAGGACAGAAGAACAGGCCCUGUCGCUUGGGAUUCCCUUGUCGGAUCUCGAUUCCCACCCUGUCGUUGAUCUUGCCAUUGACGGUGCCGAUGAGGUUGACCCUUUUUUGAACCUGGUGAAGGUUCGUGGUGUCUCCCUCUUGAGGGAAAAGAUGGUGGAGGGUGCGUGUAAGAAGUUCGGGGUGAUCGUGGACGAGUCAAACCUGGUGAACUUUUUGGGGGGCAGUGGUUUGGCUAUGCCUGUUGAGGUUAUACAGUUUUGUUGGAAGUUCACUGCUGAUAAGUUGCAGAAGCUGUUUGAGGAAUCUGGAUGUGUUGCAAAGCUCAGGACUUUUGGGGAAAAGGACGAACCUUUUCUCACGGAUAAUGGGAACUAUAUUGUCGAUUUGUAUUUCAAGAAGAGUAUUGGGGAUUUGAAGGUUGCCAAUGAUGCCAUUUUGCAACUUGCUGGAGUUGUGGAGCACGGGAUGUUCCUGGACAUGGCUACCACUAAACAUUUAGAUGAAUAAUGUAGGUGAAAUGGAGGCAGGCUAGACACAAGUCAGUUGGGUUCACUGGUGCGGCUAGUUUUAUUCUUGCUGUCCUAUGGUUUACCUCGUUCGGCUUGGCGCUUGCUGUUCAUCUAUGCCGUGGAUGGGGCAUUAACAUCAAGGACAAAGGAUCGAAUCGUUCACAAAGGAUUUGUCUUAUACUGCUUGUAUUGUUCACUGUUGCUGCAGCGACUGGAUGUAUCCUCCUUUCUGUUGGGCAGGAUAAGUUCCAUGAUGAAGCUUUGGAUACCCUCCAUUAUUUUGUCAAUCAGUCAGAUUAUAUAGUGCAGACUCUAAGAAAUGUCACUUAGUACCUCUCCUCGCAAAAACUAUCGAUGUCACUCAGAUGCUUCUUCCGUCUGAUGUCAUGGAUGGUAUUGACAAGCUGAACGUGGAUCUAAAUACUGCAGCAGAUACACCUUCUGAGAAGACAAAUGAAAAUUCAGUUAAAAUUCGAGGAGUAUUCAACGAUGGGCGUCUAGCUCUGUAUGUUGUGGCAGCAGUGAUGCUUCUUGUGGUUCUAAUUGGACUCCGUAUGUGUUGAUCAUAACAUCUUGAAUAAAUUGAGCUAAUUUUUUGGUUAUAACUGACUUGUAUUUUUGCAUUCCUGUCUGUCCUUGGAUAUCAACAUGCAAUCCUCAUAUUUGUUAUCACUGGAUGGUUACUGGUUGCAACCACAUUCAUUCUUUGUGGAGUAUUCAUGAUCCUUAAUAAGUAAGCCAUUGUAUCUAAGAGAUCGCAGUUUAAUAGAUUAGCAAGAACUAUUCACUUUCUUGGCUCCCUUUAGGCAUUCAUUUAUUUACCCUUGGAAAAGUGUUCUGCAUUCAUUGCAUCGGAUCCCCCCUCCCCCUCUCCUUUGCCUUCUUCAAUUCAAAAUUGUAACUUAUUCCAUCACAAAAUGCAACCGGAACUGAUGAUAUCCAAAUGAAAUCCAAUUAUCUUUAUGUUAUGGAGAUUUCUGUCUGUUAAAAGCUAACAUUAUCAUCUAAACCUGAUGAGUAAAUUAUUUCUAUUACUGUGCAAUUUCUGACACCUGUAUGGCCAUGGGAGAAUGGGUAGCAAAUCCACACAUUGAAUCUGCUCUUAGUAAUGUCCUUCCAUGUGUUGAUCAGAGAACCACAAACAAAACACUUUUUCAAAGUAAACAAGUGGUCACCAAUAUUGCAAGUGUUGUCAAUCGGUUCAUCUAUAACACUGCAAACAUAAAUGCAACAAAAGGUAGUUUUGACUACUACAAUCAGUCUGGGCCUUCAAUGCCAUCUUUGUGCUACCCCUUUGAUACUCAGUUUCAAGAGCGCCAAUUUAUGGCCCAAGAAGUUUCUUCUGCCAAUGCUUCAAUGGUGUGGAAGAACUACGAAUGUGAGGUAUCUGAAUCUGGUAUUUGCACCAGAGUUGGCAGGGUGACCCCUGAGAUUUACUUACAGUUAGUGGCUGCGGUGAACGAAAGCUAUGCAUUGGAACAUUAUACUCCACCUUUACGUAGCCUUCAGAAUUGCAAUUUUGUCAGGGAUGCAUUCACAAGAAUCACUUUGAGUUACUGUCCUCCAUUGAACCAUUACCUUAAGAUUAUCAAUGUAGGACUUGGCCUCGUUUCAGUUGGUGUUCUGCUCUGUCUUGUUCUCUGGAUCCUCUAUGCAAACCGCCCCGAAGGGAGGAAGCGUUUGAGAAGUUAUCCUUACCAGAAAAUAUAAACAUAUUUAAGAAUAACCAAAACCGCACAUAUUUAUCCUUGUCAAAUGCAGAUAGUGAAGUAUAGAUUGUAUAAUAGAAAAUUUGAUAAAGUAGACUACUAUUGUUUUUCUGUACCCUAUAUUAUGGGAAGAAACAAAGGUGGAGCGAAGCUUCAUCUUGUGUUCGAUGAGAAUAGCCAAAGCAGUGUAUUAUAUACAUUUUGUCCAUAUAUAGAAAAAGCAAUUUUAUUUU